CCGGCGCAGCGCGGCGAGCGGAGCGGAGCGGGCGCGAUGCAGCCCCCCACCGGCCCCGCGCUGGCCUCUGCCCCCGAGAGCCCGCCGGGGCCGGCCCCGGGCUCGCCGCUGCUCCGCUGGCAGUGGCGGGAGGUGCAGGCGCCCUGCCUGGUGGCGGGCUGGAUCCUGGUGGCGAGUCUGGCCAAGAUCGUGUUCCAGCUGUCCAGGAAGGUGACGUCCGUGGUCCCAGAGAGUUGCCUUCUCAUCCUGCUGGGGCUGGGCCUCGGGGGCAUUGUUCUGGCCAUCGCUAAGAGAGCUGAGUACCAGCUGGAGCCCAGCAUGUUCUUCCUCUUCCUCCUGCCCCCCAUCGUCCUGGACUCGGGCUAUUUCAUGCCUAGCCGGCUGUUCUUUGACAAUCUCGGGGCAAUCCUGACCUACGCGGUGAUUGGCACGCUGUGGAAUUCCUUCGCCACCGGAGCCGCCCUCUGGGGCCUGAAGCAAGCGGGGCUGAUGGACGCGGGCGUGGACGCUGGCCUGAUGGACUUCCUGCUCUUCGGCAGCCUCAUCUCAGCCGUGGACCCUGUGGCGGUGCUGGCCGUCUUCGAGGAAGUCCACAUCAAUGAGACCCUCUUCAUCAUUGUGUUCGGGGAGUCCCUGCUGAACGACGCUGUCACCGUGGUGCUGUACAAAGUCUUUAACUCCUUUGUGGAGAUGGGUCCCGCGCAUGUCCAGGCCACAGACUACCUGAAGGGUGUUGCUUCCUUCUUCGUGGUGAGCCUCGGGGGGGCAGCCGUGGGGCUGCUCUUCGCCUUCCUGCUGGCACUGAUCACCAGGUUCACCAAGCGCGUGCGCAUUAUCGAGCCGCUCUUCGUCUUCCUGCUGGCAUACAUGGCGUACCUCGCCGCCGAGAUGGUCUCGCUCUCCUCCAUCCUCGCGUGA